AUGGAGCGAUUUACACGCUUUGUAGACUACUUGGGUUUUUCUUUAACAAACGAGAAUUACGCUGCAUACCAAGAUUUAUUUCGCAGUUUUGAACAAUUCUGCAAUAUGAAUACGGGUAUUUCGCAGGAAUUGCAAUUUAUCCGCUGGCAUCGACAAUACUCAUCAACACCACCAACAACGCCAACGACAGCCGUAGUAACACCAACCCUUCUUCAACCCGAGCCCCUCCACCUUCCUACAAAACUGGCUACAUUACCCGAUCAGACAUGCUUUAAUACCUUUUCGCUAGAACGCACAACACAACAAGCAAACAUGGAGCCACAAACCAUACAGGGUGAACCAAAUAUAAUUGAACAAACACUCCUUGAAACCCUAAACUCCAGCGAAGACGAAAACUCUGAAACCACAUUUGAACAGCACGAAAUCUCGGACAUUAUUAUGAGUAUUAACGAAUCUCAUCCCGAACCAACAAUUGCAAGUCAAAAUAAACUACAACUACUACUAAAAACAUCGCAAGAUUACAGAACGAACAUGAGAAAAAAACAAAACGAUGACGCACAAAAACAGGGGUUCGAGGCUCAG